AUGGCCUGUCACAGGGGCUGGUCCCUCUACCUACUGAGCCUGUUGUUGCCACUCCUCAGUCCUGCGGCCCCCAUCUCCCCAGCAGAGCCCAUCAGCCAAGCCUACAGCCUGGCCCUCUACAUGCAGAAGAAUACAUCGACACUGCUGCAGACCUAUCUCCAGUACCAGGGCAGCCCCUUCAGUGACCCUGGCUUUUCAGCCCCCGAGCUUCAGCUCAGCAGCCUGCCUCCAGCCGCUGUCUCCUUCAGGAUCUGGCAUGCCCUGGACGACGUGGAGCGACUAAGCCGUGGUCAGGAAGCCUUCCUGGCUUUAUCCCAGCAUCUCCAGCUUGUAGGCGAUGACCAGAGUGACCUGAAUCCUGGCAGUCCCAUCCUGCUGGCCCAGCUAGCAACUGCAAGACUUAGGGCUCAAGGCCUACUGGGCAACAUGGCUGCCAUCAUGACUGCCUUAGGGCUGCCUAUCCCCCCAGAAGAGGAUACUCUGGGCCUUGUACCUUUUGGGGCCUCAGCUUUUGAGAGGAAAUGUCGAGGCUACAUAGUGACCCGUGAAUAUGGUCACUGGACAGACCGGGCUGUAAGGGACUUGGCCCUGCUCAAGGCCAAAUACCCAGCAUAG